AUGCCUCGUCGACUAUUAAUUGCUUGGGCGCUGGUUGGUUGGACCCUGCUUUUCCAACCGGGAAGUUGUACAUCACCAAGCUACACUACCUUUGCAAACUCCCGUCCAACGGAUACAAAUGUGGAGCUUGUCUCAUUUCUACCGACCGUAGUUUACGAAAAUCUGGAUGGAGAUAACACGGCAACGCUUGUGACCCCGAGCUCAGGUGUCCUCGUGGCACAUGUGAACUACCGAACGGAUUCGCGAUACUUUACAGAAAAUGUUCUGGAGUCAAGGCUUAAUUACCCGAUUUCUAUGAGCCCGUACGCAAAGAUCUCGUAUGCAUCGAAAUCUAUGCCAACAACUGUGUAUAGAGCUGGACAAGGAGCCAGCUUUCAAAGGGAUUUCGAUGCUGCCGCUGCACCUGCGGAGACUGAUGGAUUUUGCGAGCGCGAGCUAUCCGCUCUUGGGCCAUUUUUAAAUUCCCAAACCGACAUAUGUGGCAGAUUAAAGCAGGUGGAUACGAAUGUGGGAUUUCUGUUGCAGGUCGAGUUUGUGGAGCCUAGUCCCACCAUUACAAGCUGGUCCUGGUAUUUGGGGUUACCUUUUCGAAUUGGUAAUGGUGCUGUGGUUAUACUUGAUGGGGUAGUGAUACAAGAUUUGAUGGGAAAAACAGGAUAUUGGAAAAGCGUACUGUCGAGGGCAACACUUGUCGAAAUGAAAAUUACGCCUGGGUUUCAUGUGCUAAAAAUUUAUGGAUUUUCUGUAAAGUUUGAAGUGUCAGCAGUGUACUUCAGCCGAGAGGGAUCCACACCAGCUAUUGCUUCUGUGUAUGCCAUUGUUGGAGAGUUAACGAAAUGGUGUCCAUUUGUUGCUUCUGACCCUACAAUAACAACUUUACUUUCUGCUGAACAAGAGAAAGUAGCGAGUAACAUCGAAAGAGGUUCAUCUGUUUUGCAGUUUCAGAACGCCCCCGUUGACGGAAGAUUUGCACUGAGAUUUGGGUCCGUUUGGACAACUGAUUCCAAAAAAAUUAAGCUUAAUACCUCGUCUUCUGUUUCAUUUUCGUUUCUACCUACCACCACUUGGAUUAAUGCUAGGGCAACUCAGACGUUUUUUCUUACAUCAGUUACCUCACAAUGGAACGUGGUACCUGGAUUAUCUUUCUCUCUUCCUUCCUCAUCAGGCGGAAUUUUGCUUAGUUCGUUUACUGGACGAUUUUCCGGGGACAAAAGUGCAUUGAAAACAUUUCGUCUUGUUCUUGGAUAUGGGUCAAACUUGUCGUCUCCGGUCGCAGCUUUUCGCUUAGAUGAUACCAUUGUUGAUGCAUUUGGAGUGUCACUUGACUUCUCCUACUUCACCAGCAUCCCGACACGAAGCGCAUUGAACUUAUCUCUCAGUUAUCAAUACCAAGGAACAAAACCAGGAAGGAUCAUUGGUGGUAAAAUAACUGCUGUAUUUUUUCCCGGAGCUUCGUUAAUUACCGACAAUAUAAGUGACAUGGUCGUGUCUUCGACAGCUACAAUCUUUUCAAAACCGGUAACGAUUUUAUCCUCAAGUACUCUCGUGAUCAGUAUUGCUGGUAUUAUUUGCCGCAAUUCGGCCGCUGAGAAAUUUCGUGCGCGCAUACUGAGAAAUGCGGAUCCUCUACCUGAUGGAGACUUUGUUUCGGUCAUUGGGACUGUGGCGAAUGGAACAUGUGAGACUUUGAUGAUGCACUCUGUUGUUGACGCUGUUGCUGGUUUGCACACAAUCGCGCUCGAUGCGAAGACAUCGUCAGCUGCAGGAUUUCGGCUGAAAGAAUCAAAAGUUCAAAUUGCUAUCAUUGAGAGAGGCGCCUUGAUCACACAGGAUUUAUGCCAAACUCGCUGUGGUAGACACGGUCUUUGUCGUUUAGGUGUGUACAAUAUUGUGACAAGCACAUGCAACCUCUAUAUGCGCCGCAAUAUGUCUGCUAUGUCAGUAGAUGCAACACGAUUGACUUACGUGCGAGACAAAGCAUUAAUAACUUCCCAGAACGCAUGGACAGUUCUACGCAAUACUCAGUGGAAUCUUAGCCGCAAUGUAUCGCUGCAGGCACCGUGUAGAGGAGAUACUUGUAAUGAACUUGUCUGCGCCGAAGCGUACUCGUUAAAAGAUCGAUGUCGGUGUAAAUGUCAUUCUAGCAGCGAUUGCGUUGGGUUUCUGAUUAUAGACAGAGUGUGCUUUGGAAUCACAGCAGCCGAAUUUCGUCAAAAUUUACUGUCUGGCAAUUACAAUAUCGUAGGUCGAAGCACAGUUCAUCUUAAUUUGCCUCAAACUUGUUACGCAAUCAAGGCUGACGCACCAAAUGCACUAAGUGGGCGCUAUACUAUAGCAACGACUGCAGGAGUCUAUGAUGUCUUUUGUAAUAUGACGGCAGAUACCGGUGAAGGCUAUACAGUCAUUCCCUGUGACUUGGGUACUAGCGACAUCGAAUGCCGAGGCAGUACAGGCCCGAAAGACGAUGAUAGCUGUAAGGCAAUGGGCCUUCGACAAGUCGUACCGCGCUCAUCAGGUCAUUUCGUAUCGAUGCACCGAAAAUUCGGGUCGCUCUUUUUUGCCACUGUACCCGGUGUAACGAAUGCCUACGUAGGUGACCUUAUGACUCUACCAGGCAACGAAGAUACUGUCUUAAAUUGGACGGCAAUUGACGGCGGGAGAUGGUGGCUGCGUGACAACGAAAGUGUUUCUGAUCUCAUGUCCCCCACUAAUGCACCAGGUGAAAGGAGAUGGUUAGGAAUGCAUUGGGCUAUAAAUGGUCAAAAUAUUCUGAAUGGUCUAGGCUUGAGCUUCGAUCCGCGUGGCUUAAAAACAACACGAUACCUGUGCUCAACAAACGAUUUAAGCCCCUCCGUAUCGUGGAGUUUUGUUCUUCAAGACUCGUUCAUCGGAAAUGGCGACGAUAACUUGUGGAUAACAUCAUGGGGCAGUACAGAUAAUUGGUACCAGCUAUGCCAAGGCAUUGUUUUUCUUGGUGGGCGGUCAUUCGGGCGAGCCGGUUCUUUUGUUAGUCGCAAAUUUGCUCAGAUCAGUUCACCUACAAACGUGCGCAUCAUGUUUACGUACUAUUUUGUAUUUGAUCCUUCAAAUUGGACAACACUUCUACUUAAACAUUCCGAGGCUAAGACUAUACGUGUUUAUCUUGGCCCCCAGCUAAUUCGGCAAAUACAAAUCGACACGUCGGCUACGUAUGCUUGCUACGGACAAAGCGCAACAGUACCCCAGCAAACAUAUUUUUUUAGGGGGAGAGAAAAUUUUGUGCUUAGAGGCUUAUUUGGAAAUAUAUCUCCCCUUCGAUUUGACGUAGAUUUUGGAUCAAUAAGUAUUAUUGCAUUUGGUAUCGAUGACGUCUCAGUUGAGGAAGAGUCGGUUUUUCGAACACAAUUAGGAUUAUCGAUGGGUAAUCCAGCAGUGUCAUGCAUGCAUUUAAAAAACGAGCGACUAUUGAUCGGAGAUUCCAAUCCAGAUGGCCAGUAUUUCGUUCAGCUUCAUCCAGAUUUGGACCCAGUACUCAUUCCUUGCUCAAAUGGCUGGAUAGUCGCGCAGCGCCGAUUAAACGGUAAAACAAGUUUUAAUCACAAUUGGAACGAAUAUCGAGAUGGAUUUGGCCUUGGCUCCUCUAGUGAGUGGUGGAUCGGAAACAGUCUUCUCUCGGCUGUCACAGAUAGAGCCACCGAAGCAAUGAUUGUGAUAACGAAAAACUACCAAUCUUUUUCUGCGUUUUAUAGCGAUUUUCGGGUCGCUAAUGAAAGCGAAAAAUACCUUCUCACUGUGCAAGGGUACAACUCUCAGGCUAGUAAUGCCGCCGAUGGUUUAACUUCGCUUUCUAAUUCCUAUUUCAGCACUCCUGACCAGGAUAAUGACUUGUCUGCAAGCGAAAACUGUGCCAAAAGAAGUAGAAGCGGGUUUUGGUACGCAGACUGCCUCGGCAGCUCUACAUAUUCUGAUCUCAAUGCCCCGUUCGAAAUGCUCCCAAUUUGCACUUCUUACUCUGCAUGGGCACGAAGCUGGUGCCAAAAGCGCGGAGGUAUUGUCUGGGACUCUGUAGAUGGGUAUGAUUUCUCGAUGAUUUUACUUCGACCGGAUAGGUGCAGUCGGGGAUACGUCUUCUCCGAGACAGAAGAGUGCAUUCUGUGUCCUGCGGGUACAUAUUCUGAGCGAUAUACACAGGUUUGCAGUGCCUGUCCGGCUGGUUCAUAUGGUCCUUCAGCUGGAGCGACCGCUUGUCUUAAAUGCCAUACGGGAUUUAAAUGCCCAAGUAGCUCGAUAGUACCAGUGAAAUGUCUAGCAGGCACAUUCGCUGAUGCUGGAUCAAGCGAAUGCUUCAAUGUGCCAGAGGGAUACGCUGGCCCAUUCGAUCAAAUGUCUCGAAGUGAUCUUUUACCAUGCACAAACGGGACUUAUUCUAAACCAGGACAACCAAGCUGCAGUCCUGUACCGGCUGGCUUUUAUUGUCUGCAACGCGGCGUUGCUUGUGGUUAUACAACCUUGAGUCCAUGCCCAUCCAGAAGUGUGUACUGUCCAGAAGGAAACAAUGGCCAAAUUAUCGUCCCACCUGGUUACUAUUCCGUCGGCUCAAUGGACAAUGAGCAACAGUCUGCAAUAUUACCAUGCCCCAGGGGCUACUACUGUCGGAAAGGUGUUGCGUAUCAAUGUCCACCAACACGAUUCGGUGAUCAAGUUGGUCUUACAAGCCCUCUUUGUUCGGACCGAUGUGCUACUGGGUGUGCGUGUAAAGCUGGCAGCGUCAGCAGAUGCCCCGAUGCUCCGAGGUAUCAAGAUCAAGUCAUGUUGUCUCCGGCUUCAAUUUCGUACACACUUGCACCAAUAUCCAAGCAGCCCAGUGAAAGUAUUGACUCUUUCUUUCAAGGCAUUUCUUUUGCGAUAAGCAAUGAAGCUGCAGUUGUCGUCGACGUUUUCGACUUUAAAGACAUUAAUCGUACAUUUUUUGGGACGGGCUGGCUGUCUGGAUUUGCUCACAACAUAACAAUAUCGUAUUUCGAGCAAUCUCAGGCCAAUAUGAUAUACGAGUUUCAAUUGCCAAUCGCUGGCUUCGAUUGGGGUGCUGUAGUAAUGCUUGAUGGAAGUAUAUUAGUUUCACGAUCUAGAAAUGGCACGCUCGCCUUUUCGUACAAGUCGUCAUGGGGUCAACAUUUCUUAACAAUAGUUGCAGCCGAAUCCCAAUUUGUCGCAAAAAGGUCGAUUUUAUUUCGAAAGUCACUAAAUGUGAGCUUUAGCAGUUUGCGGUGUGAUCUUUUGGAUGGACAAGCGAUAAUAUUGCAAAUUGACAUCAAUAUGUGCUCUGCUAAGUCUGUGGUCUGUGAAAGUGUGGCAAAAAUUAAUGGAGAUGUGGCGAAAACUCUUGCCCAAGCUCCAAAUUUUGUCGAUAUUUUAGUAUAUACUGGAAUGGGUUCUUUAAGCUCAAUAAUAACUAGUGAUGUUUCUACAACUGCCACUUACAUGUCAGUACUGUCUGGAGUGGAUGCUGGUGACAUUAUAAUUAUUGUUGGUAGAAAGACUGAGAUGUUACCAUUGUCGUUGCGUAGAUGGAUAAGCACUUAUGGUGUAUCCCAAGCAGCAAUUGAGUCUGCGUCCCCAGGCUUUGUGUUGGUGGCGGUCAGUGAUAAAACAAAAGCUGCCACAUUUGAAGUUGUGACAUCGGAAACGACGUAUUCGUCACAGUUGGUGCUGCCUCUUUAUCAGGCCAUAUCACACUAUAACUUUACCAGUGUUCCACCUGGCUACUAUUCUGUUCCUGAGAAUGUGUCCGAUGGUCGGCAAAAUGAGCUGCGAGUAUGUCCACACGGAUACAGCUGUUUAAACGGCGUCCGCACGCUUUCUUUUACAUUUCCUUAUUCGGUUUGUGUCGACAAUGUGCACACACUCAAUAUCAAUGAGAACGACAUUAAAUACGUUUCUGACGUGAGCUUUAGAGCCAAUAUCAAUCAUAGUGGUAUAUCUUAUCAACUGAGUGCCCCAGUUGACAAUAUAUUUUCAUUAGACGAGGAAAAUCGCGUGAAGCUUGAAAAAGCAUUAAACUUCGAAGCAAAAAAUAACUACGAUUUGACGUUGUUGCUUCAAGAAGCUCAAUCAACAGUGCCAUUUGCAGCUUGCCGAAUUCAUGUGAAUGUUAUUGAUGUUAACGAAGCCCCUUGCAUCACCGGUCAUGAAACCGCUCGUUAUAUAAAAGAAAAUGUUUUGCCACCUUUCUCGCUUUUGCCUGCCCUUGUUGUGAAUGAUCCUGACUUUUCUGAUUCUUACACACUCACAAUUGCUAGUGGAGGAAAUGGCAACUUUGUGAUUAAUCGAGAUGGCUUUAUCGUUGCAACUAAGCUAUUAAAUUUUGAAUCGACAUCCGAAUUUGUAUUGGGCAUUAUUGCCAGAGACGUGGGGGGCUCAGAAAGCCACGCCAACGUUACUAUCGUAGUUCAAGACGUUCCAGAACCACCACUUUGUACUUUUUUUGCUUUUAGCACGGCAGAAAACACAGCUGUUCGAGCAGCCAUUGGUAAUAUGCGUGAUCAUUCUUCAGACCCUGAUGUGGGCGACACUAUAACGUAUCAAAUGGUUUAUCAAAGUGUACCAGACUAUCUAACUAUUGACUCGACGAAUGGCACGAUAUCCUUACAAAAAGCUUUAGACUUUGAAAUUCAGGAUACAAUUCAAUUUGCAGCUCAACUUACAGAUAAGACAGGUCUUCAGACUACAUGUGACUAUAUCAUUGCUGUCACGGAUUCCAAUGAUGCCCCAGUAAUGUCAAGUGCAGUUUUUCGCGUAAUUGAAAACUGUGCAGGAAGAGAUUGUUUUGUUGGUGAUCUUAUUGAUUAUGCAUUUGACGAGGACAAAGGCGCAAAACUCACUUUCGGCUUGAUAUCGGGCAGUGAUUUAUUUUACCUUUAUGGAUCUCAGCUAUGGGUCGUCGGUAGUUUAAAUUAUGAAAAUGCUUCUGUUCUUUACAUAACUGUCUCUGUUAGUGAUGAAAAAAGUGGUCAUGACGAGGCAAACGUGGCAGUUCAGAUCAUCGACCAAAAUGAAGCCCCAAUUGGCUCAGUCUUUUCGAUGCGGCUCCAAGAAAAUAUUCCUGUCGGCACUAUUGUCUGCACAUUUGAGGCUAAUGAUCCAGAAGGUGACCAUCUAUCGUUUAUGAUCGUGCACGCCAGCACCGGAUUCGAAGAUUUAUUUGAAAUAGCAGGUGAUAACCUAAUGACGAAAGCCGUUAUUAAUUACGAAAGUAUGUCUGCUCAUUUAUUCCAUGCAAACAUAAGCAUAUGCGAUCCUUUUCAAUUAUGUACUGAAAUCGGACCCAAUUUGAUCGAAGUCAUAGAUGGUCCAGACGCGCCAACCUUUUUGAAAGCAGAUACAGCUUCUGUUCUAGAAUCAGCACCGAUCGGAUUCGCUGUUGAUGCUUAUUUUACGUUUUUGGAUGAAGAUGCAAACCAAAGUGCACGGCUCCAGUAUGCUAUCUAUUCUGGUGAUCCACAGAAUCAAUUCUCGAUAUCUAGCUCAACUAGACAGCUGACAGUGAUUUCCACGCUCAAUGCUGAAAUUGUAAGUAAAUACACAUUAGUUGUGCAAGCAACAGACGCAGAUGGGCUAGUUGGUCUCUCAGCUCCAAUACCAAUAGCCGUGGAAAUGGUACCAUCACCACCAUUUUUCGUUGGUAUCUCCAUUUCAAAAGCCAAUUACAACGUUGACAUCAGCCAGUUAAGCGAUGGAUCGUACACUGUAGUCUCUUUACCUAUAGCAGACCGAGAUCCGGGGCAAACUGGUGGGAUAUGUUCAAUUUUAACACAAUAUGACAAAUUCUCAAUUGAAACUACCCGUGAUGGAACGGCUUGCCUAUUAUCGGUCGUUCAACAUGUUUACAUUCCUGAAGUCAGUGGUGAUGAGCGUAUCAAUGUCGUGGUGCGAGUAACAGACACGAAAAAUACUUCAUCUUUUAGUGAGGUUGCGAUAAGCAUAUCAUCUCGCAACAAAAAUCGCCCACCUAAAUGCUCCGGCGCAGAAACUCAUCUUUUGGAAAAUUCACCAUAUGCUACUGUUGUUGGCGCAAUAAUUGGAAGUGACCCAGACGUCAUUGACAAAAUUUCUUUUUUCAUUGACUCAGGUGAUGACAGGGAUACCUUUCACAUGGAUGUUUUCAGUGGCAUUGUUACUGUAGGCACCACUUUACCCGAUUUCGAGAUUAAUAGCCGAUUUACGUUAAAAAUACGGGUUCAGGACGAUGCUGCAGCCAGUCUCGCUGGGUACUGUACCUUCGUCAUUAAUAUCAUGAAUGAAUUGGAGUCUCCGAUAUGUUCUAUUGUAGUGGUUCAUUCAAUUCCCGAAAAUGAUGCGCCAAAUGCUCGUGUUGGAGAUGCUCUCUGGAAAAGUUGCAUUGAUCCUGACACACUUCUGGGCACUUCCAAUGCUUUUCUUUUUGAGAUCGUUGAUGACACCUCAGCUUUUCAAGUCGACAUAAAUUCGGGUCAAGUGAGGACUACCAAAAUUCUUGAUUAUGAGCAGCAAACACUCCACAAAAUAUCACUUAUAGUGCGUAAUGUGUUUCGACCUGCUAAAAGCACACUUCUGGGCCUAACCGUAGAGGUGUCUGACGAAAAUGACCCUCCUCAAUUUUCAUUUCUGCCUGCCUUUCCAAGCUCUACACUUGGCUGUGUUGAAGUCCCGGAAACGUCUACGAUCGGUUCAUCAGUUGGUACCAUUGUUGUUUAUGACGAAGAUGCUGGCGAUGUAUGCACAGUCAUAUCUAUGCAUUCCCUAUUUUAUCUGGAGUCUGUUAAUUUGACAACGUACAACGUCCUUCUAAGUAGGCCUGUCGAUUACGAAACCCGUUCAUUGUAUUCGCUUCAAAUACUCGCAACAGAUUCUGCAAAGGUAUCCACGGCGUUUAAUGUCGACGUUCGAGUUUUAGACGUCAACGAGGCUCCUUACUUUGCAGAUGACCAGCACUUCUUUAUUGAGGAAAAUAGUGACAAGAACACAAUUUUGACAUCAAGAUUUCAUCCACGAGGUCCGUGCGAUAUCAUUGAAGAAGCCACCAAAAUUGAAGAAAAAGUUGCUUAUUCAUAUGGAAAUUGCUUACAGCACUGUUCACUCAGAAACAGUUGUGAAGCAGGCGUCUACAAACAUUCCUCCGCGCAAUGCUUCCUUUACAGAGCGAAACCGAGAUUGUGUGUGCCAUGCAAAGAUUGCGAAGGAUUUGAUAGUAUUGCCGAACGGUCAGCUAAUACCGCACUUCAAAUUACGAGUUAUACUGUUAACGUGCGUCAAGACAAGCUUAUGCAUGUUCCUGACGCCGACUUUACGCUGGAAUGUUGGGUUGCAAUCGAUUCAAACGAGGGGACGCUUCUGACUUGGAAUGACAAUAGCAAUACUUUAAGGGGUAUAGAGCUGAAUUAUCUUGAAGGAAACUUACGAGUCACUGUACAUGGUGUUGCGAUAAAUGUAAAAGCAGCGUUGAUGCCUAUGUCAUGGUAUCAUAUAGCUGUUUCUUUCGAUAGUAUUGAUGGUGAAAUAGUAGUGUACUUAAAUGGCGCAGUCGUUCUCCAGCAGAUAAUUUUUAUUCAUACAAGAGGUAUCUGGAGCUCGUCAGCUGCGCUAACGGUUGGCAACUGCGCUUAUAAAACAAGUUGCCCACUUAGGCCUUUUACCUUUUCAAUUGACGAACUGCGGGUAUGGAAAACCGUGAGAGGACCUUAUGCCAUACGAUCAAACAUGGCACGCUCACUUAAUCCAGAUCAGCCUUCUUUACUUGCUUUUUUCAGGUUUAACGGCGAUCUAAUUGAUUCAACAUUAAGUAGAUCUAGUCUGUCUACUCCGGACGGUAACGACGCACAAUUCGGCAGAGCUCCGAGUAUCAGUGAGUCGAUUGAGCUUAUGGCUAAGAAAUGGCGCUUAGUCGUUUUAUCGGGCAAUGAGGCUCUUUCAUUUGGAAUCGCAGAACUUGAUUGGUUUUCGGAAGGCAGAAAAGUUAACAUGUUGACAGACCUUUCGAGCUUUAAUUCAUCAAGCGACUCAAGUAUACAAAAUGCCAUUGACGGAGAUCCAAGCACUGUAUCCUACAUUGGUGCAGAUAUAGCGGGUGGCACUGGUUUAUGGAUUGAGUUCGUUUUCCAGACUAAAGUUGGUGCUUCUAAAGUCGUCCUCGAUACGGAUAGCAAUCUUACUCACUGCGUGUCCGUUGUGGCAAUUCAAUGCUGGGAUGAUGAAGAAUACGAUUGGAAAGUAUCGUCGUAUUUUCGAAACAUUGAUAGGCCAUCCUCGCGCUUUGCUUCGUACGCCCCGACGCAGUACGUCCGAGCAGAUGACGACGACUUUGACAUGUCUUAUCUGAUGUACACUUUAAAAAGCGCUGAAUAUGCUUCAAUAUUCGAAGUGGAUAGCGUGACGGGUCACAUCAAAACCAACGACUUCACACUUGAUUACGAAAGCCAGAAGUUCUAUGAGCUUCAUAUAGGUGUCGAAGAUAGUGGUAACCUACUUGCGUUGACAGUAGUUAUGAUAUGGAUCGUGGACGUAAAUGAAGCUCCUGUGCUGGUGCCAGACACCAUUUUUCAAGUAUCAGAGACCGCGACGUCCGGUACAUUGCUUGGACGAAUCAAUUUGUAUGAUCCUGAUAAUGACGAGUUAGCUGUAUCGAUAGUCGAAGGCAACUAUCGUGAUGCGUUCUCCAUUGUGAUGAAUUCGGUCAUGGUAGCAAACGCCACAUUAAAUUACGAAACGUACCCGACGUACUUGCUGAAGCUGAAUAUCAAAGAACUACGCAGUGAGACCCCGCUCUCCACGUACGAACACCUUACUGUUCACGUACGUGACAUCAAUGAGGCUCCUACUACCAACAAUCAGACCAAGAUUGUUUUUGAAAAUAGUAAGGCUGGGUCUUUGGUUGGUAGUCCUCUUCUCGCUUUUGAUCCUGAUUUCGCUCAAAACUUGUCCUUCGCUAUCAUUGGUGGGAAUGACGAUAGUUUCUUCGCAGUGGACUCGUUCACAGGUCAACUUCGGGUAGGUCAAGGCCCUUUACAAAAGUUUAGUGGGUGCUUCUCGCAGCUUCGCAAUGGAUUGUUAGAGUCAAUCAGUUUAUAUGGGAGUAUGCAUCCUUUUUUCGACUGCUACAACCGGUGUGCGCCGUUUCAAUUUAUGGCUAUCGGCUUUCGCUACGAGUGCUGGUGUGCCAACGUGGAACCUGGUCUGACAGGAAAUCGCUUUGCACAGGCCGCUUGUGAUUUCGUAUGUAAUGAUGCGUCAGGAAAAAGUUGUGGUGGGACGGGUUUGUACGCCGUUUACCAGCUGGGUGCCCAAUUAGAUUUUGAAAAGACCAACAGCUAUCAAUUAGUGCUCCAAGUAUCCGAUGAUGGACUUCCUGUACUUUCUUCUGUGUUCAGCGUCACGGUUGAUGUAAUUGACGUCAAUGAGACCCCCAAAAUAAUCACCUCGGACGUCUUUGUUUAUGAAGGUUCGACUGGAAACGUGAAUUUGUCAAAAGCUCUAUUCUUGACAGAUGAAGACACUAAAGAUGUCUUAAAAAUAUCACUCGUCUGGUGUGAUGAGCCUCUAUGCCCUUUCAGCUAUGAUUGCGAUAACAACCAAUUGAUUGUUAACCGUGCACUUGAUUAUGAGCAAAACGAUGCCGUUAUGCUAACCUUUCGAGUGCAUGAUGACGCAGCACUUUUUUCUGACGCCAACUUGACUGUUUUUGUUCGCGAUGUCAACGAACAUCCUAUCAUUCUUGAUGCUGCUUUAGCGCUGCGAGAAAACGUGCCAACUGGUACCCUCGUUGGGCUACCGAUUGCGGCGUAUGACCCGGAUUUAGGAAGCAGCGUCGAAUUUGCGAUUGUUUCUCAAAGUCUGGAUGGCUGCUUGCAAAUUGGAACUCUGUCAGGACAAUUAUUAGUUGCAACGAUGUCUUGCUUUGAUUAUGAAUCUUUUCUCUUCGACAAUUUAAAACCUCCUGGUUUUAGCGUGAUACCUCUACAAGAUGCAGACCAAAUAAAUUUGGUUGGGGUUAAUUUUAAUGGUGAGCUGAAAAACCAAGCUUUAGUAGGGUUGCUUUACACAAUUAGUGCAGAAGGACAUUCUGUGCUUGGAUCAAUACUACAAGAGCUCGUACUCGUCCGUGUCGAUUUGUCAGGGAAUACAUAUUAUGCUGUUAAUGCUACCGUCUCAACCCUGGUUAAUAAUGAAACCAUUACUGGAGAACUGUUUUUUGAGCUUCCACGAUUACGUAUCGGUCAUGUUCUUGAUGUGAAGAUGAAGAACACAGAGUGGAAGCGAAUAUUUGACGUAGCAAAGCUCAAGAAAUCUUUUCACGUGACAGUUGCAGUCCAUGACUCGUCAGCAGAAGCACUAUCUGCAACGAGAAUGUUUAGCAUUGAUUUGUUAAAUCAGAAAGAACCCCCCAUUUUACUAUCUAAUGCCAUUGCUAUAGUAGCUGAAAACGUUCCAAUGGGCUCUUCGAUAGAACCACAGGUUCAGACUCUAUUUGAUGAUGUUGAUGGAUUAGCUAGCUUACAUUUUUCACUGUUAGCCCAAAGUAUUCCUGGCUCAUUCUAUUUUGAUUAUUCCACCGGCCAUUUGCAUGUAGGAGGCCGAGGAAUAAAUUUUGAGGAGAGAUCGGAACAUGUUCUUAACGUCACAAUUUCGGAUGAAGGUUUUGUCACAAGCUAUAGUAUUACAGUGUCAGUGCAGGAUACGAAUGACCCGCCACGUGUCACAUGCCCACACCUCCAUGUUAGUGAAAGUGCACCUGCUAAUACACAGCUUUCAGAGGCUGUGAUUGCCAUUGACGAAGAUGUGCACGAUAUAGAUUUCACUUAUCGUGUUCAGAACGAAACAGAAAUGUUUUCGAUUAGCAGUGAUGGAAAACUGAUUUUGAAACAGCCUGUGGACUAUGAAUCACUACAAUUCUAUUAUGUUGCGGUAAAAGCUACUGACCGCGGUGGGUUAAGUGGUGAGUGUGUCACCUUAGUAGAGAUUGUCGAUGUGAACGAGCCUCCAGCUGGUCCAUUAUUUUACAAUGGCUCGAUAUACCAAAGUGCACCUCUGGAUCACCGCGUCUUAAAAUUGGGAUUACACGACCCGGAAGGAAAAUCACUCAGGCUCACCGUUGUAAAUUCAACGGUUGGUCAGGACAAUUUUGAUAUAUCAGACGAUCAAAUUCUUUACGUGAAAAAUACUGCGAGACUUUUGGAGGCUGCCCAAGUCAUGCUAUCAAUUGAUGUGAGCGAUGGAUAUAAUAGUGUGCAAGUUAUCUGCUUAGUGUCAUUUUUGGCUAGCCCCCCGCCAAUUAUAUGUUUGGAAAAAGUUCAAAGCUUUUCGGUAUCUGAAAAUGCUGUGGAUACCACUGUUGGUCAGGUUUUUGUCCUGCCGUCGUCGUACUUGCUGGUCAGAUAUGUACUUCAGGACUCGUCGGUACCAUUUAUUCUAAAUAGCAACACUGGUGAGGUCAAAAUUAAUAACCUUCUGUCUCUUGACUACGAGCGCCAAACCAGCUAUUCUCUGAUUGCUGCUAUCUACUAUUCUGCAUCGGACUAUAUUGUCUGUCCAUUUGUAGUACGGGUACUUGAUGUCAAUGAACCUCCUUCUUGCUUUAUGCAGUCGGCGUAUAUUCGCGAGAAUCAGGCUGGAUACGAUCAGUGGAUACUACAGAGAGAAGUUGUAGACCCUGAAGGUGGUUUUUUGACAUACUUUUUGAGCCCAAACAGUAUCUUUUAUUCAAACGAAAGUGGCGCUCUGUUUGCUAGCGAUCUAUCACUAAUUAACUAUGAAGCUCAACCGUAUCAUGCAAUAUUCAUGUCCGUAAGUGACAGGGUCAACACUGUGCUAUGCCCCAUCAGCAUUUACGUUGUUGAUGCGAAUGACUGUCCCUCCAUCAUGAGUGCAACGCGAUAUAUAUUUGAAAAUAGUGUGAUCGGUGCGACGGUUAAUUCUGCUAUCGUAGUUCGUGAUGAAGACUAUAAUUUUCAAGAUCAUGGACGAAUUACGUUCUCAGUCGACUCUGAUAUCUUUGCGAUUGGAACUUCAACAGGGGUACUAGAGGUAGCCAACUCAUCCAAACUAAAUUACGAAGUACUCAACCAAGUUGAUUUAAUUGUUUACGCGAUGGAUGAUGCAGUGGAGCCUUGCACAUCAAAUGCUACUGUUACAGUGAUAAUUAUCAACGUAAAUGAGCCACCCACAAUUGUGGCUUGCCAAUUUGGCUCGGUCCUUGAGUAUACAAGAGCACUAUCACAAGACCCAUCGGUUGCGGUCCUGAAUGUAACAGCGUACGACUCGGACAAAGACGAUAAGCUUUUGUUUUCCCUAAUCUCGAAUUCUGCAAGUCAUCUCUUUCGUAUAGAUGUUGGAACUGGACAAAUUUAUGUAACAGAUACGAUGGCGUUUGACUUUGAGACGCAAAGCGCGUAUUAUCUUGACGUGAAAGUGACAGAUGUGGGCGAACUUAUCGACACUCAGCAAGUAGAAAUACGUGUUAUCGACACAAAUGAAGCUCCUACUUUCGAACUAUAUAGCGGGUCUGUUUCUGAAAAUAGCCCCGAGAAUACUGCAAUUUUAAGUCCUUCGGACACGAUUGCUAUUGAUCCAGAAAAUGACAAUGUCAUGUACCAUAUUGAUGCAGCCACAACUUUACCUUUUGGAUUUAAAGACAAUCAACUCGUAGUUUCUCGUGCUCAGCUAGAUUACGAAACAAGAUCUCAAUAUACCAUCAUAAUACAUGCUUGUGAUUCAAGAAAUGCAUGCUCUGAUGCUAGCUUUAUUAUCAGGGUUGAAGAUGUGAACGAGCCGCCUAUUAUCUUUCCAACACAAGCCAGUAUUAAUGAGAAUGCUAUCGAAAAUGCGCUGGUGGGCUCCCCAGUGCUAGCAUCAGAUCCUGAUAUCGGACAGCAUCUCCUCUUUACAAUUGCAAACGGAAACUCGCAUGACCUUUUCGGAAUUCAGCCCUGUAACGGACAAAUAUAUGUUAAGCGCUCAAACUCAAUUGAUUUUGAACGAUCGUCAGCCUACCAAAUUGUCAUUGUUGUAAGCGACAGUGGCUUACCGUCAAUGAAUUCAUCAGCUACAAUAACAAUCAAAAUUUUGGACACGAAUGAAGCACCAGUGGUUACAGCCGACUAUGUCAUUAAGGUUGAAACUAAAAAUGUGAGCGCUGAGUCCACCAAUAUUCGAACCGGAUCAAAUAUUGCAGCGAUCAUUCGAUCUGCUGACCAAUCAACUGGGUUUUGUAGCAGUAUUAUUGAAAGCCUGACAAGAAUCUCUAAUCAAGCGGUUUGUUUCGGUGGGCUUCCAGGAGAAUUCGGUGCAAUAAUUGAGUUUAAAUUUCUCUUACGCAUAAAGUCCGUUGUAACUUUCCGAAUUUUGGCUGGGGUUGCAAUAAACGCCAUAUUCUUAAUCGACAACCUUCCUCACCCAUCCCAAUCUCGUUUCCGUCCUGGCUUUGAUAUGCAAUAUUGCGAUGAGUUUUUGGCUGGAGAACUACAUCGCGGAAUUCACAGUGUAGUGAUUUACAUUUAUUCAUCAUCAGAUAAUCCCAUUUCAGUCGAGCUAAAGAUAAACUUAGACAGCUGGAUGCCAGUUUCUGUUCACAGUUUUGAUGGCUUGGUCGAAGAAGUGGUUGAGCGAUCAAUUUAUGAAAAUAGCGCACCUGGUACGGCGAUAGAGAAUGCUGUUCAAGCGAUCGACGAAGACGUCGACUCAAAACUCUAUUAUGCUAUUAUUGAGCAAGAAUCACCGGGUUUUUUUAUCAUUGACAAUGAAACGGGCCAACUAUUUUAUAACUUCAACUUAAGUCAGACAUUGGAUUUCGAGACCAAAGCCACAUACCGAUUGCUACUUCAGGUCACUGACCUUGAAUUAACAACUAUAGAAUGGAUACUCAUAAAUGUAGUGGAUGUAAACGAGCCUCCCGUUCUGUCAAGUCCUCAAGUGUUUUCUGUGACAGAAAAUUCAGAGGCUUAUGUUUCAAUCGGCACUCCUCUAUCUCCGAUGGAUCCUGAAAGAGUUAUUGGAAAUUUCACUUUUCUCAUCAUCUCAACAAAUGAGCUAACUCGUGUUCCGUUUGAACUCUCUCCAUAUGGGCAGUUCUUUGUUGCAGCUAAUGGUGAUUUUGACUUCGAAACACGGGCUCAGUACCAUCUGCAAGUAAUAAUUACUGAUUCUGACAGUCUGUCAGUAACCGUUAAGGUAAUUAUUAAUGUCAUAGACGUCAAUGAACCUCCAACAGCAUCCGUCACAGUAUCUCCACUAAUGGAGAAUUCGCCGCAAGGAACGAUUGUUGCCCUCGUACAAGCAGCCGAUCCUGAAAAUGAUACACUUUUCUUUACUUACGCCUCUACUUUUGCUGAUGAUAUUAACAGUACUGCUUUUCGAAUUGUCCAUAUAUCAUCGUCUAGCGCUCAAAUUGAAGUGAGAAAUGCUCAAGUCAAUUUCGAGCAACAACGAAGCUUUGUGAUGUCUGUUAAUGUGAUGGAUACAAGUGAAAAUAGUCUUUCGGUUUCCCUGACCUUUUUGGUGGCUGUAAUCGAUGUGAACGAGCCGCCGCAAAUUGUCACUGAAUCUCCAUUUUACAUGAGCAUUCCAGAAAAUAGUCCAAAUGGCUCAUUUAUUGGUACUUCUUUAAACAAAUAUUUCUUAGACCAAGACAUCGGUGACAGCAUUGCGUUGAAGUUAUUGUCUUCAUUUCCUGUGCACGAAGCUUUAACCGUUGCCCAAACGGGUCAAAUAUCAGUUCAAGACUCUAGCCUUUUAGAUUAUGAAUCGCAAAGAGUCAUUCAGCUCUCAUGCCAGGCAUCCGAUAAUGGCGGAAACAAGAUUGGAUUCUUGGUUUAUGUCGAAAUCACCAAUGUGAACGAAACCCCAUAUUUUACUGAGACGGUGAUUCAGAUCAACAUUCCUGAUUCAUCAGCUCUCGGUACCGAAGUAUUUCAUGCAAGCGCGCUGGAUCCUGAUAAUAAUGGUGUUGAUUUGCGAUACAAAAUGGUCAGCGACACUUCCACACAAAUUUUUUUUUUGAGUGAUAUGGGCGUGCUCACAACCACGCGGAAACUUGAGGCAAUGGAAAAGUUCAAUAUUUCUGUAGAUGCCAUUGAUACGUUUGGUAGUGGACUGCAUUCACAAACAAACCAGCUUUUGAUGAUAUCGGUAAGCGGUAUCAACUCGCCCCCAGUUCUCGACGAUUUUGUGUUUCACGUUCCAGAGAAUGUUGAAAUUGGGACCCGAUUUGGGCAGGUUUGGGGUUUUGACUCAUACCCCGGAAGCGUUUUGUCCUUUUCUACUGUACCUAAAACAGAUAGAAUUGGUUUUCGCCAUGUCAGCAGAAAUACUUCAGACGUUUACAUUUGGGCACCAGCAUUAAACUUUGAGGCUGAGCCGCUAAUCACUUUCAUUCUUUGCGCAACGGAUGAUGGAGCAAGAAAUGAUUACAUCGCAGUGAUGAAGAGCUGUGCAAAUCUCACUUUAUAUGUCGAUGACGUAAAUGAGCCCCCUAAGUUUGAUCCUUUGGCUCAGACAGCACGAGUAGUUACUGAGAUUGCGCAACUGGACGAAGGCAUUGAUGGUAACCUUCACUUUAUGGCUUCUGGGGGCAAGUUUUUCGGCAAUAUUUCUCAUGACCUUCUCAUUGAUGGGCACUAUGACUUUGUGUUUGGAGAUUUAGACUUCAGCGCGGCCAUGAGUGUGCGCACCACGUCAAAUGGAGGAAACAUAUUGCAUCUUCGUGGGUUCACAGAUAAUGAUCAUUUCGAUGUUUCAAUCGACACCAGUGGAAGAGUUAAAGUUACCAGCAGCUCCUUUACUGCACUAGGGAGUCAUGAUUUGACGGACGGUAAUUGGCAUUAUGUAGCUAUCGUUUCAACUGUUAGUGACCAUUAUCUCAGAAUUUACGUUGACGGCCGUCUUGAUACUACCAGUAAUGCAUUUUUGAAGGCACCAGUUAUCGCACAGCAUGCAUACUUGUCGUCGCCUACUGCAAUGUUCAUGGGGUGGAUUUCACGAUUCCAUUAUUUUUCUGGUGCAAUAUCUUACGCUCAAGUUCAAGAGCUCAUGUCCUACUCAGUGCCUACUUUCUAUAGUAUUGCGAAUUUGAAUCGCUAUUCGGCAAGCCAAUACUGUACCAGUCAAAGCUUGCGUCUGUGUGACUUAAUGGAUUUGGAGAUGGUCUGCGUUCAUUCUCAAGAUGAGCAUGCAACGUUCCCGUCAGCAAGCCAAGGAUCGAUAACGGUCCCUGCUUGCUCUAACAAAGCUACAAAUGCAGAGCAAAAUGCAGGCAACGCCACGUUUGCAUGCUGUUCAAAAUAUUCCGACAGCAAACUUAUCGGCACUUUAACGCGUCCAAUUCUUAGGACGGAUGCUCUGUCAGCAAGUAGCUUUCUUUACAACAGCGAGCGUCAUGGUUAUGGCUAUGAAGGGCUCAAUGUUGUCCGUAGCGACAAUGUCAAUGGGUCGUGGUGUCCUCAAUCGACAUUUUCUUCAGAAUGGCUUCAGAUUGACUUUCCGAAGCCGACAAUAAUCUCUCGUAUUGAGCUUUUCUCGGGGAGUGAUAUCAACAAAAACAUUGGAUACCUGAAAUCGUUCCAAAUAGCCUGGCGGCGUUCAAAAAGUGAAGCCUUUGUAAAGCUGAAAGACAAAUUAGGCAUAGCAAUUGAAUUCAUGGCGUUGAACUCUGGGGCAAAUUACUCGGUCACGGCUAAUGUAGCACUGCCCAAUCUGAUUGCUAGUGGGGUACGAGUUUGUCCUAUUAGCUGGUUUGGCAGCGCAUGUAUGCGCCUUGAGUUGUAUGGACCUGAUGCAGAUUUCCCCAUACCAAACAAUCUGAAUGCAAUUGAUGAAGAAGUAAAUCAAAUCUUGCGAUACCAUCUUCGCGAGUCUGAACGACCGUCGGGUGUUCAGAUUGAUACACAAUCAGGGCUGCUAUCUGUGCGUCGACGCUGGAUAGAUUUUGAAAUGCAGAGGUCAUGGCGGUUUACGGCGGAAGUUUAUGACGAGUAUGGUCUUAGCGAUAGCGUCACAGCUUCAAUCGAUAUUAUUGAUGCUAACGAUGCACCUGGUUCCAUUCGAACAAAGUUCACAUUGGCAGAAAAUGCUGCCGAAGGCUCAAUUAUUGGGUCAUUUGAAAUGAAGUCGAUCGAAAUGACCGAGAAGGUCACAGCUCAAAUUAUUGAUGCUGAUUGCCCAUUUACGUUCGACCAUCUUUCUGGCAGAAUGGCAGUUCAUGAUGCUGCAAUAUUUGAUUUUGAGACUAAUAGAGUUGUCCAUUGUAUUCUUUUGGUCUCGGAUGAUGCGCUACUUCCACGCUCGACAUACAGCCGAAUCGCUAUACAUCUAAUCGAUGUGAACGAUUUACCAGAGAUUUUGAUCGGGCAACGGGGUUUCAUUCGGGAAAAUGCCCACAGAGAAGAUUUUGUCAUGACGAUUCAAGCUAUUGACUAUGAUGUCAACCCAACUUGGUCCACAUUGCGAUUCAGUUUGCUUGAUCCAAGCGUGUUUACAAUAAAUUCGCUGUCAGGAAGUAUUACUGUACUCAAGCCCGAAGAUCUUGAUUUCGAAACCAACUCUGAGCUCACUGUUCAGGUUCAAGUGAUGGAUGGUGGAUUUUUGACGGUACAAUCCACCAUUUAUGUUUCUGUGUUAAACGAAGAAGAGGCUCCGCAAAUGCUUGAUCUUUACAGUCUUAUUGUCCCGGAGAAUGCAGCUGUUCCUAGGUCUCUACUUCUUGUCAAUGCGACCGAUCCCGACGGAAUAUCUCAUGAAAAGUUAUCGUACUCGAUAGUGGACGAUGUGGUAGGAUUUACGAUUGACGAAAUGAGUGGAGAGCUAGUACUUCGUACGACACUGGAUUUUGAAUUAAUGCAUCCGUUACGCUUCGUUGUAAAAGUUUCAAAGAGGGGGACUGCAUUGCAUGUCAACUCAACGAUAGUUAUUGUGAUUGCUGACCUGAAUGAGCCCCCUAGUCUAUAUACUGGGACGCAUGUCGAAAUAUCAGCACCAGAAAAUAUGAUUGAGGGCCAGCCAUUUGGAUCUGCACUGUCUUCUCAUGUCUGGGAUCCAGAAAAUAACUCGCUUAGCUACGUUCUGGAAGCUUCCGAGUAUUCACCACACUUCAUGCUUGAUCAAUGUACUGGACAAUUUCGGUCUAAACAACCUCUGGAUUUUGAAGCGAUGCCAAAAACAAUAAGUUUGUUCGUGUUUGUUUAUGAUUCUAGUAGAGCUCAGCUACGUCUUCCUGUUCUGGUCGCAGUUCUUGACGUUAACGAACGGCCUGUAUACCAGCAAUCUCAGUAUACCUUCGCUGUUGUGGAAAAUACUGUUGGCGAAGCCAUCGUAGGCGUGAUUACUGCAUCUGAUCCGGAUAUGAAUGAUCGAGUGUAUUAUAAAUUUAAAGAUGCUUUCGGAGACGGCCCAUUUCAGAUCCAUUCCGCAACAGGCGAGCUGAUUGUGUCAUCAGCCGCUUUGCUGGAUUUCGAAACUCAAAGAUUGUAUACAUUUGCAGUCUGCGCUACAGACGGUCUUCUAGAGACAUGUACGGUGGUCUGGAUCAACUUGCUUGAUAUUAAUGAGCCACCUGUUUGUCAGUCUGAAGUGCGAUUUAUUAGUGAAAAUAGUCCUGUUGGGACAAAAAUUACACCUCCAUUUACAAGUAUUGACUUUGAUACGAUGGAUCGAUCGUCGCAUCCAUUUUAUAAUCUAAUCGAUGAAGAAGGGAUUGGUGGCUUUCGAUUUGAUAAUGCAUCUCUCAUACUACAGGGCUUGUUGUUAGACUUCGAAGCUCGAGAUAGCUAUAAAUUUCAAUUUUCGGCCUGUGAUGCGGCUAGUUCUUGUAACACUUGCGAUCUAACAAUUCGUGUUGAAGAUAUAAAUGAACAUCCCGAAAUGUAUAUUCAGGAAGUGGAAGUUUUAGAAGGUACUACUGGGGCAUUUCACUCGAUAAAAGCCUUUGACCCGGAUUUAAAUCAAACAAGUACCCUCGUAUUCGAAAUUGUCGAUCAGUCUCUUGUAAAUCUUUUUAGCGUGGAGCGAAGCAAUGGAUCAGUCAGCGUCACCCAUUCGAAAUUACUCGACUAUGAGACUCUAGAACUACAUCAAGCAUGGAUCAAUGUGCGUGUGACUGAUACAGGAUUGCCACCUCUGGCUUCAACCGGCCAUCUGAUAUUUAAUAUUUUAGAUAUCAACGAGGCACCAACAAGUACUACAUUGUUGGAUGUAGCGGUCCCAGAAAACGCGGCUGCUGGAAAGUUGAUUACCACCUGGCGUGCCCAAGACGAGGACUUUGAUCAGCAGCUGUCAUACCAAGUGAUUAGUGAAGAAUACGCUGGUAUCAUUAGGUUUCGUGGUAAUGACAGCCCUGACAUUAUUUUGAAUGCUUCUUUAGACUAUGAGAGUCUUUCUUAUUAUGAAAUGACAUUGCGCGCAUGCGAUCCGUACGCGAUCUGUACAACAGGCCUUCUUCGAAUUACGAUCAAUGACUGCAAUGAACCCCCUUCUUUUCUACAUACCGAUACUGAUAAUAAAUUUGCAGUAGCUAGACAUGCCACACCAGGAACUGUGGUUGGAAUUUUGCAGGCAACCGAUCCAGAUCGUGUGGAUAUGCUCUCAUUUUCUCUCAUACCAUCCGAAAGCGUGUGGUUAUCGGGUUUAGAAGACGGAACGGGAACGUUUAUUGUUAAUCAACACACUGGUGAACUAUCUGUGGCGUCUCAACAAAGCUCUCACCAGCUUCAAACAAAUCUUAGCUUUCUGAUAACAGUGCAAGUGACUGAUUCAAAGCAACUCUCGGUUAAUCGCACAAUUACCAUUGAUGUGAUAGCAAACAACGCGGCACCUAUCUGCCAAAAAGGACUUUUGGUCUACAUGGAUGAAAAUGCCGCUGUUGACACUCCUGUUGGAUUACCAUUAUCUUCUUACGUGACAGAUGCGGACGCUGGAACUACUUUUGUGUUCGCACUUCAACAUCCAUUUCUCUCCGUGAAUCCAAGUAGUGGCCAGCUAUUCGUGACUAGUCAAACCAAUCUAGACUUCGAAUCUACUAUUUCUAAUUCAACGACAGUUAGUGUUGCUGUAGAGGACGAUGGUGCAUACCACAACAAUCUUGACACCCUGGCCACGAGUUGCAUCGUAUCAAUUACAGCGAUAGAUGUCAAUGAAGCCCCAAAAACCACCAACCUUUCUCUUGCUAUAACAGAAGGUAUUAAUUCUAAUCCAUCACGCGUUCUAAGAACCGAAAUGAUCUAUUUUCCUAUCAUUUCCUCACAAGAUGACUAUAUGUUCGCCAAGAAUAUGGCUGGCGAUUACACAAUAGACGUAUCUCGAAAAACCCUUCCAAUGGGUUACGACUCAUUCAGUCAAAUACCAGUCGGAAUUAUUCUCCGAUUUCAAAGUGUUCAUCUUGCGGACGUGAUUGAUCAUCUUACGCUGGCUCAACUAAAACUUUAUGUUCCGUCUGGAAGAAUUGGUCCGUUUUCAAUGCAAAUACGAGUCAUCAACGAGUCUAGGCUCAUCAACGAGUUUAGACAUCAAUGGGUAUCACAUCAAGAGUUAAAAGACUUGGGCAUGCCGGCUUUCGUUGAUUGGACGUUGGAAAAAGAGGUAUCAUCAACUACAAUUUGGUCUCCAAGUAUUAUGUCGCUCCUCGUUGAGGUGACGCCUUACAUCAAAAGCAACUCUGAGGUGGUCAUCCUCAUGACAGGAGGGGGAAUCGGAGAGGUGAGCACCUUCGAUAGCGAAGCCAGUUCGGCUGCAGUUUUGGAAGUGACAGUAGCUCAAGUAUCAAAAGUAUCUGUUACAGGUGGAAACGUGCCCUUUGCUGAUCCGGAUGCCGAGGACAGGGUUCAAUUUGCCGUCAUAAAACAAAACUCGCAAUUUUCUGUGUUUUUUGUCGACAAGAGUACCGGUGCAAUCGCUGCGAAUAUCGAAUUGUUAGACUAUGAGAUACAAAACAGCUAUGAGCUUUUGAUUUCGAUUACAGAUCAGGAGGGGCUUGCUGACGUGUCUACAGUCCAUAUUGCCAUUGUGGAUAUAAAUGAGCCGCCAGUUGUCAGCGAAACAAUUUGCUAUGUUGCAGAAAACACACCUGUAGGGUCACCGGUUUGCUCUAUUCACGCCUUCGAUCCGGACAGCUCACAGCAAGCGAACGGUAAACUAGUGUACUAUCUUUUACAAUCGAGCAAUGAUCAGGAUAGAACGUUUCAGAUCGACUCAGCUUCAGGGAUGCUGAUUAUCAUAGAUUCAACUCUUUUAAAUUUUGAAGAUAGGCAGUCCUUAGUCACAACAAUUUGCGCAAAAGAUGGAGGGACUCCAGCACUCAGCGGAUGUGCCACUGUGACAAUACAUAUUACAGAUGUCAAUGAUGCACCACAAACGAUUACCCCUCAUAUGUGCGAAAUGGAUGAAGUUUUGAAUGAUUUGACGAAUGAACAACUGAGCCGACUAGUUGGCACGGCUGUUUGUAAUCUCACAAUUUUCGAUGAGGACUCUGGCAGUGAAAAUCCGUACUGGACGAGUCACGUUUGGCAGAUGGCUGAAGCGGAUAUUGGCUGCCCAUUUAAUCUCAGUUCCCGUGGUCAAAUUGUGGUUGUGAAUCCUCGUCGCGUCGAUUAUGAAGAACAGACGAAAUGGUCUCUUCUUGUACAAGCAAUGGAUUUGGGGGGCCUUUCAAGCCCUCCGCAAAAAAUCGAAGUGCUUAUUUCUGAUAGGAACGAAAAGCCGCAGGUAAUGGCAACAACGUUUUACAUCGAUGAGAAUUCGCUUGUUGGAUCCCUAGCAAUGGGAAAUAUCACAAUAUUUGACCCGGAUAUGCAACACAGUGGUCACCCUGACACUGUUUUUCUCAGCUUGGUGAGCGAAAUUGAUGUGUUUGAUAUUGUUGACAACAGAAUACAAAUGGAGCACGGUCGAUUGGACUUUGAAACUAAGUCUUUGUACGUAGUUUCAGUUGUGGCAACAGAUGUUUUAGGAGCAAAAAGUAAUGUUCAAAACAUUGAUGUCGUGGUAAAUGAUGUCAAUGAAGCACCGACUAUCGACCCCAUGCAGGUUUCUAUCCCUGAAAACCAACCCAUGUAUACGAAAAUCAUGCCAGCUGUCAAAGCUAACGAUCCUGAUGGCGAUAAUGUUAUUUUCACUUUGGUUUCGGAAUCUUCAAUUGGGGUCGGCACGCGAACUACAAGCGCAUUUGGGAUUAAUGCGAUAGAUGGUGUUUUAUUCCAGCAACUAGAUCAUCUAAACUUUGAAGAUAUCAAGGAAUAUGAUUUGAUCGUGAAGGCACGAGAUAGCGCAGGACUAUUUACACUUACCAAUAUAUCAAUUAAAAUCACCGACGUUAAUGAAGCACCUAGCAUUCACCAUCAACUUGUCAGUAUCCGUGAAGAUACAAGUGUUGGCACGUCAGUUGGACAAGCAUUCGCUACGCUUUCAUCAGAUCCAGAUUUACAGAAUGGACUCGAAAUGUUAACAUUUACCCUGAUCAAUGCAAGCCAAUAUCCCUUUUCAGUUGACUCAAAAUCGGGUAAAGGCACGAUCACCGGACCUUUGAAUUUCGAAAUAAUUUCAAUAUAUAAUUUGUGCGUGCGCGUCACUGACUUAAACGGUCUAUGGGAUGAAGCAGAUUUCGUCAUAAGGGUCAUCGAUGUCAAUGAGCCUCCAAUUUUUCCUGGCCCUUUCAUUAUAUCCGCGCGAGAAGAUUUGGUACCAGGAUCUUUGCUCGGUGAAGCUGUCGUAGCCUUUGAUUUGGAUGCAGGGUCAAAGGUUCAGUACGAUCUCGAAGGAACAAGUGACAUUGUAUCCGCUUGCAUCACAAUCAAUCAAUCUACUGGGCAGCUUGCUUUAAAAAGUAUUUGCUUUCUAGAUCAUGAAGCGUCUACGGGAAAUACUUUGCUGGUAGUUGUACGAGCUCUAGACGGAGAGAAUACGGUAUCGACAAAUGGGACAAUCUACAUUACUGACGUUAACGAAGCGCCGGUGUUUGUAGCCUCGAAACCAGUAUCUCUUAGCGAAAAUUCUCCUGACGGAACAGUGGUCAUUUUUGUCGUGGUCCAGGACCCUGACAUCUACGAGAAUCACGAUUUCUUUAUAUGUGAGCAAAGCAACUUAGACACGUUUCGAAUUCAUGCGACAGGAGUAAAUACUGCAAAAAUUGUAGUAAAUGACUCCAGUGUGCUAGACUUUGAAAAGCACCCCGAGCUUUGGGUAGAUGCGUGUGUCAGAGAUAAAGGACAGUUGGAGGCAAGGGCGCGGUAUACUAUUAGACUUGCCAAUGUGUUUGAGCCACCAUACUUUGUCCAGGACACUGUUCAAUUUACGACUCAGGAGUCGAUUUCUGUUGGGACCGAUAUUGGAUCGACGCUAUCUCGCUAUAUUAUUGACGAAGAGAACUUGAUAUCCAUCGCGGAGUGUUCAAAUGAAAUGAUCAUUAAAAACAGCACGUGUGGGCGUCGAGUCUCUUUUUCCUUGAGUGACUGUGGUCGGAUGUUUUUGAGUGAUGGUGAGUUGGACUACGAAACUAUGCCCACGUGUGUGGUAUAUGUUUCUCUUCCUGCUGCAGAACUAUACAAUACGAACACCUCAAAUUUGCCUCUCGCAAGUUCAAUUAGUGUGAUUAUAACAGUUACUGACGUAAAUGAACCCCCCACAUUUCAUCAGAAACUGUAUUAUUUCGGACUUGCUGAAUCUAGUGUCAAUGGUACAUUAGUUGGAGUUUUGACUGCCACCGAUAACGACGUUGGUGAUAUCCCUUUGUUUCAAUUAAUUAAGGCUGAAGUUGGAUAUAACGGGGUCUUUGCAUUGUCUUUGACGGGUGAACUCACAUUAGCAGGCUUGCUGGACUUUGAAACAAAACAAUCUUAUCAAGUCAACGUUCGCGCACUUGAUCGCCAGGAAGCUUGCGAUGAUGCGAGCAUCAUAAUCUCUAUCACGGACAGCAAUGAGCCUCCAGUAUUUCAAAGGAUUCAAUACAUUUUUAGUAUCGUGGAAAAUGCUCCUAUUUUAGGUGUUCUUGGAGAAGUCAUUGCAGUCAGCCGCGACAUCUAUCAAAACCAGACACUUAUUUAUAGUAUUAUCAGUGGUAAUGAUCUAGGUGCCUUUGCCGUGCUUUCGGUUGUAGGCAAUGGAAAAAUUGUGGUGCAGUCGCAACAAGCUCUUGAUUACGAGCGGCAAAAAUCGUAUCACUUGCUAGUAGAAGCAACCAAUAAUAUACAAGGAGGAUUGCGGGCAUAUGCUACUGUUAUGGUGAGCAUUCUCGAUGUCAACGAAUCUCCACAGGUAUAUUCCUCUAAAGCAUAUAUACCUGAAGACGCUGUUAUUACAACUGCAGCAUGCACAUCGGCUGCAUUAGAUGAGAUAUUUACAGGACGAUUGUAUGCGUUAGAUCCCGAUGAAAACGAUACGCUGGUGUUUGCUAUUGCAGAUUCGACAGAUACUUUUACCAUCGAUGCUACCUCUGGAGCUAUUUUUUCGAAGCGAGUGCUGAACUACGAAUAUGAAUCAUACUACUCGAUUUCUAUUACAGCAACAGAUGGCAAAAAAUUGUCUGCUAAAGCCACGAUAGAUGUUAUCGUACUCGAUCGCAAUGACGCUCCGAUAAUGAUCUCGACAUUGAUCUCACUCGCCGAGAACUAUCGCCAUGACACUAGCAUUGGUUAUAUUCAAGUUGCUGAUGAGGAUUACAACCAGCAGCAUUUUUUUUCGUCCAUUGCAACCACAUUAAUUUUAAAAGACAACUCAACCGAAACGAGAUAUAUCAAUGAUGUGGUUCAUAUCGGAUUACUUACAGUGAUCGACGUUUGUGUGUGUGAUGACGGAAAUCCAAUUUUAAAAACCAUUGCUUCCGUAACAAUUGAUCUGAUAGACAAAAACGAGCCAUGCACUUUUGAAAAUGCCAUUUUGACCCUUUUAGUUGCAGAAAACGCCGUUGGUUUGGCCGGAAAAGUGCGAGCGAUUGAUAUUGACACUACUACAUUGUCAAGCUGGGGCUCCCUGAGUUACUUCAUAUUAGAAAGUGACAUAUCAAAUAAAGUUGUGUCACUGUCUUCCUCUGGUGACGUAAUGGUAAAAACUGCUUUAGAUUUUGAAACUCAACACACGUAUUUAUUUCAAGUUACUGCAGUUGAUGGUGGUGGACUUAAUUGCUCUUGUGGAUUGCAAUUACUGAUAGAGGACCGCAAUGAACCUCCUACGAUCCAAGCUAGACAUUAUUGGGUACAAGAGUCGGUGAAUGAAGGAUUGGCCUGGGUGCGGGCUGAUGAUGGAAGUCACGCUCGUAUUGAGGUUUGGGAUCCUGAAAAUGACUCAGUGAUCUUACAACAAAAUUCAUCGGACCGUUUCUCGAUUUCCGAAGAUGGAUGGCUCCUUCUAGUGAAGCCUGUCAAUUUUGAAACAAAAGCGUCUUACGACUUUAUCGUUACUGCCACUGACACGUACGGACUCCAGACGAGUGCGAUUAUUCAUGUGGAUAUUGUAGACAUAAACGAGCCUCCGAUAUUUACAUCACAACAAUCAAUAACAAUUGCUGAAGAUGCGAUGAGGGGAGACAUCUUGGGGGUGAUAAGAGCUUAUGAUCCCGAUGCAUUUGACGUGGUUACUUAUCAACUUGAGUCAGCAAUUGAUCGCUACGGCGACUCAGUAGAUGUUUUCAUGAUUAGUUCAUGUAAUGGAGAACUUCGUCUUAGCAAGUCAAACGCUCUCGAUUUUGAGCAAAAUGACUAUUUCGUUCUUCUUAUCAGUGCAAUUGAUCGCGCGGGCUUAAAAACACAUUCUGAACCCAUAAUUAUAAGAGUUAUUGAUGUCAACGAGGCACCGCAGUGCCGAGAUGCAACACUAUCCAUCUAUGAAAAUGCUACUGCUGAUGAUUUAUUUGGCCCAGUCGAGUGGAUUGACUCAGAUUCUUCAAGCAUCAAUAAUAUCACAUUAUUUGAAGUAGUCAGUGACGCAAAUCAUAUUGGCUAUAGAUUGUUUGAGGUUCGGCAGAGCGAUGGUCAAUACUGGAUUAGCUUGCGAGGUUCCGCUAAAAUUGAUUUUGAGUUGCUUGAUCAUUUUACUGUACGCGUCAAGAUUGGUGACAGCUUUAGCUCUAGUAACGCCACAACCGCUGUUCACUCUUUGUCUUCAACAUGCGUGAUCAGCGUGGAUGUGAUAGAUGUUAACGAGCCUCCCAACGUCGCAAGCUCGAUCAAGAGAGAAAUUUAUGAAAACUCCGUGAUCUAUGCUUGUGUGGGGCAACCGAUCGAAGCUAAAGACUCGGAUGCACAUGAUGCUUUGCGCUAUUACAUUUUGAUGGGUCAAGACGGCCGCGUUCCAUUCACGAUCGAUAUUAAUACAGGCCAACUUCGUGUUUCAGGAGAAAUUAACCACGAAAAUCAAGCGCUCUAUAAUAUAAAUGUUGCGGUUGAAGAUUCGGCGCUUAACCUGGUCACAACGUCAAUAGAAAUUUCGAUCAUAGACGUCAACGAGCGACCUCAGCUUUCUCGAAAUUGCUUUGUUAGUGAUGAUGGUACAGCAGAAUAUCGCUUUGAAGACAAUAAGGAUGUUUGCUUUGAAGCAGAUGAAGAUUUAGGAAUUGAAUCUCUGUUGUAUCGCUUUGAAGCAUUCGACCCUGACAAUAAUCAGCGCCUUUUCUAUUCGGUGAGCGAGUCGUCAAAUCGCUUUGUUCGAGUUGCUCAAAAUGAUGAUCGAACAUGUGAGCUUAUUUACACUCGAGCGAUUUUUGACUACGAAACCUUGCAUGUGCACCGGCUUCAAAUGACUGUUACAGACACAGGCGAAGGAUUUCUUUACGAUACCGUAACUGUCUUCAUUUUUGUUGCGAAUGUCAACGAACCUCCAGUCCUUUUAGAUGCUUCAGCGCGAAAUCUCGUUUAUGCAGAAAAUGCUGUGCAGGGGCAAUUACUUGGACACUUGCGUGGCAUGGAUCCAGAGGGAGAUUCGUUCAUGUUUUCGUAUGUAGAGUCUAGUCCGAUCUCAGCGGCGGUAGAAAUUCUUCAAGAUGGUCAAAUUUAUACAACUGGUGCUUCAAUUGACUUUGAAGUGCUGUCCCAGAUAAAUUCCAUUUGGGUUGAGCCGGUGCUGACAAUCCGAGGCUCAAUUUCUUCACUUGAUGAUAAGUCAACUUCAUUUGUGUUGACGUUGUUGGUGAUCGAUGUCUCGGAACCACCUUUAUUUACCUCAUCACGGUACACAUUUGCAGCACACGAAGUAGCCACCGCAGGUACUCUUGUUGGCCUUCUUCAGGCUACGGAUCCGGAUUUUAACGAGACACAACGAUUCAUGUGGGACUCGACCGAUGCAGAAACUAAAGACAAUGAAAAUUUGUUUAGUAUCGAUGGCAAGUCUGGAAUCAUUUCGCUGCUUAAAGAAGGCAGUUUUGAUUCGAAAAGUGCACCGGUGUACUCUUUUAAAGCUCUCGUUGUCGACUCCACGGGUUUGAUAGAUUCCUCGACAGUAAUCAUAUCGAUUGUUAACAACAAUGAGCCACCACAUUGUCCUAUACUUCAAUGUUGGGUUCUUGAAAAUUCUGUGCAAAUUCUAAAAGGACUGCCCGGCACUCAAGGAUUGUGUCAAGUGAAAGUACAAGAUUUGGAUCUAAGUCAAGAGCACACAUUCCAAUUAUUACCCACUCCGGAUAGUCAAAGAUUUUCGAUUAAUUAUGCAUCUGGAGUAGUCAGCUAUUCCCCGGGUCUUCAAAGCUACGCUGAUUUUGAAGUGCAAAGCGUAUACCACAUUCAAUACCAAGCAAAUGAUGUCCCAAAAUUUGGUCUAUCAUUAGCUUGUAGCAACGUCAUCGCGAUCACUGUGGUGGACGUAAAUGAAGCACCAAUUAUUCUAGGGAAGGAAUUGCUUACUGUUGCGGAAAUGAGUGCGAUAGGAACGAUUGUGGGUAUUGUUGACGCAAUCGAUACUGACGUGGGUGAUGUAUUGACGUUUAGGCUGCAAGAAUCUUCGUAUUCUUCGCUUAUACUCGAAGCAGACACUGGAAUUCUUAGGGUGGCUAACAACUCAAUGCUUAACUUUGAGUACACGCCAGCGGUAAAUGCUAGCGUCUUAGUCACUGAUCGCGAGGGACUUCAAGCUAAGGCAACACUAGUAGUUGCUGUAAGAGAUGCAAAUGAUCCCCCCAUGCUGCAAACAACGAACUUCACAGCAAACGAGUUCGCCACGUCCAUGAGCAGUGAGCUGAGUGGAUUUCGACACUUGGAAUUACUGGGAUCAGUACAUUGCUUUGACGAGGAUAAAAAUGACGAUGUAUCUUUCACUAUAUUAAACAAUACAUCCGUAUUUGUGAUCGAAGCAAAUAGCGGAUUGUUGUACGCCGAAACCAAAUUUCUAGAUUUUGAGACAAAACGCGCAUAUGAAUUGAUCAUUCAGUGCUCAGAUGGACAAGCAUCCACUGUAUCAACGAAUUGGAUAUUUGUAAGAAACAUUAAUGAAGCGCCGAUCGUAUCUAGGCAAGAAUACCAUGUCGAUGAAAACUUGCCGAAAGGAACGAAAGUUGGCUUCAUAUCGGUUUCUGAUGCUGAGCAUGAUGAUGAGAAUUACCUAUCGCUAAAAGAUAUGGCAGCAAACAGCGCUCACAAGGUGUCCAGAUUACGGGAGAGAACGCCUGUAUUUUUUGAUGAUUCGGACAGUAAGUGGAUAAACAUUCCCGACAUGCUCGUCGAUGCAUUCUUUAUUUCCACCCCAACCUCGGUGCCUUUAUCAACAGGAACUCUAUGUCUGGCAAGCCAAGGCCAAAUAUUUGUGCUAAUCGGAGACGAUUCAAGCGCGACUCCAAAUUGGAUGACGCAGAAUUCGUUCGUCAAAUUGGAUGGACAACAUAUUACCGCACAAAGUGAAACUAAUGCAACAAAUUAUGAAGUUUAUAUUCGGGAACACGUUGGCGACUUUGUUGUGCCUCGUAGGUCUUCGUCCGAUACGUCGUGGGUUUUUGGCGCGUAUCCUUCUUCCUUCGCUUAUUUUCUUACCGGACCUAGAAGUCACUGGUUUCAUGUCACAACCUCUGGGGAAGUUCUGCUGACAAUAAAUGAAAUCGACUUUGAAUCACUAACAGAUGGUGAUCAGCCACUUCAAAUUGGUGUUAAUGUUGUGGACAGUGGACAUUUAAUGGGGGAAGCUACAUUUUCUGUCUUUGUCGAUGACAUAAAUGAGGCGCCUAUCGUCAAUAGCUGCUGCUUUGAAAUCAACGAGAAUCCAACGUCGGGUACGAUGAUUGGUGAACUCAUAGCGAGUGACCCUGACAAUUUAGAUCAGAUCAGCUUUGAGCUGGCCUUUCCAUCCGCUGAUGUAUCAGUAACUUCGAGCGGCAACUUGUCUGUGCACAAUGCCUCAUUAUUUAAUUUCGAGCGGAAUUCUGUGGUGAGUAUUCGAGUACGCGCCACUGAUCAAGGUGGUUUGUCUCACGAGCGCGAAAUCCAGAUCAACGUCUUGGAUGUAAAUGAGGCACCAAUUUUUCAGUACCCGUCAUACUUAAUGUUUGUCCCGGAAAACUCCCCACUCGAUUUAAGCUUUGGAAUACCCAUUCGUGCAACAGACCCAGAUCACGGACAUACGGAACGUUUACGUUUCGAAAUAGUGUCUAAAUUUGUAGAAGAAUUACCUUUUCGGCUUGAAAGUUGUUCAGGUCAACUUGCUGUCCGAUGGGAUAACUUAGACUUUGAGAAAACAGAUCAAUAUUCGUUUAACGUCCGCGUUGUAGAUUCUGGGUAUCCCAUAAGUCUAGAAUCACAAGUGAAAGUAGUGAUAAAAUUACUAAACGUUAAUGAGGCUCCAAACUUUGCUGAGUUCGGAACGCUGACAAUUCUGGAGAAUGCUCCCAUCGGAAUCUUAAUCGGCCAAAUUGUUGUUGUAGAUCCAGACCAAUCUUCAGUGUUGACAUUUCGUACCAAUGCUAGCGAAUUUGUAUCGAUAACAGAUAGUGGCCAGAUUUUCGCUGCAGUAUCUUUCGACCACGAAGUUAUGUCUUCUCUCUACGUUUUGGUUCAUGUGGAAGACAAUGGUGUGAUGUGUGACCUCAACCUGGACCCAUCUGACUGCAAGGUAUUAUCAGCCUCUAAAGUUGUAGUUGUAACAGUACAAAAUGUAAACGAGCCCCCGUCACUUACCGCUGGUAAAUUUGUCAUCCAAGAAAAUCUAUAUUCUGGGUCGCUGGUUGGACAACCGAUUCGGGUUGUAGACGCUGAUGGAGCAGUAGGGAAAGGAUCUGGAUUCACAAUCAAAAGCGGUCUCUCGGCUGGUAAUGAAACUGAAUUCACAAUUCGUGACGAUGGUCAAUUAUUGACGCUUGUCUGCUUGGACUUCGAAAAGAAUGCUGAGUAUAAUAUAGUCGUAGCAUAUUCUGACGGUGAGUUUGUUUCGCAUCUUGGCAUAAAUAUCACUGUGCUGGACGAGAAUGAGACACCUUCAAUUGUCAAGGGUACUACAGGAUCCAUCCAAGAAAAUAUGGCGGCUGGUACCACGGUAUUGGUAGCUCAGUUUUUUGAUCCCGAUCGAUUCUCAUCGAACAUUUUCACGCUUGUGGAUAGCUACGCACCUUUCACGAUUGAUCAACAUAGUGGUGCUGUGCAGACUACUCGCGUGUUGGACUAUGAAUCGGAUCGUACUAGAUUCAAUUUGAAUUUGAGAAUCUGUGAUGCAAGCCAGACCACUUUAUGCGGAAGCGAUUACGUCACUAUCAUUGUUGACGAUGUACCCGAACCACCAACGAUGGACGAUGUAAUUUGCACACAAGUGGAGGGUACAGCUACACUGUUGGACGAACAAAGUGCUACUGGGUGCACUUUCGUGGCUACCGAUUCUGAUAAUGCGUCAUGUUCUUUUUAUGCUAUUAACGAUCCUUAUUCUCAUUAUGAGCUUGUAUAUGACACAGUUAUCAAUGGAAUCUCUUUUGUAAAGGCUCUUAAGCCGACACUGUGCGUGAAUGGGCGAGUCGGACUUGCUUGGAAUGCAUUGUCUUUGCCAGAUUACGAGGCGUUAUCAAAAUAUGUGAUCAAUGUCAAGAUUUCGGAUGAAACAUUUAAAAGAACUGGGCUGUCAAUUUAUAGCCGAGUAAUUGUAAACAUUGUCGAUGCCAACGAUUGCCCCACAUUGGCCAAAUCAUAUUUUACACUUCAAGAGCGUCCACAGGCUGGUAUGCAAAUUGGAUAUCCACUCCCUGGUAAAGAUCAAGAUAUGGUGGAUACUCUACGAUAUUCAAUUGUCAUCACAAAUGCCACGUCCAAUUUAAUCGCGGUUAACGAAAUGACUGGUCAAUUGGUAGUGGCUAGAACACCUGUAGGCAGUGAAUUUGUAUUUCCUGUACAGUACGACGUGACCGUUUCAGUGACAGACAGCAGUGUUAGUCACUGUUCAACCAAUGCAACAAUCAAACUAUAUACAACAAAGUCCAAUCUUGCACCGGCAUGGCUUAAUACGCUACCAAUCUCAUUUAGUAUCAAUGAGAAUCUCACUGCAAACCAAACUACAUUUCCAAUUUCUCAUUUUGUGAAAGAUCCUGAUGGCGACGUCAUUCAAUUUACGUUGCAAUCCAAGACUGACAUGUACUGUGCAGACACGUUUAGCCUCGGCUUGACGAGUGGGAAUAUUGAGCUUCGCGUCGGAAAAAUUCUGGAUUUUGAGCAGAGACAAGCCUAUAUAUGUACAAUUGCGGUGUGUGAUCCAGCCCAAAUGUGUGCUUCGCAAGACGUCACAAUUCAAGUCAAAAAUGUCAACGAGGCACCAGUAUUCAGCGAUCGGUCGUAUACAUUCACGGUGCGAGAAAAUGAGAUUGAAAAUUUCCCACUUCGUCGUUGUGUGAGUGCGACUGAUCCCGAUGAAGGUGAUGACUAUGCUCUAACUUAUACAACUUCAUGCUCAAAUACCACCGACUGUUCUCUCUUUUCAAUUAGAAUUGAAAGGGACAGCAGCCUGGCACAAUGUGCCAGAAUCCUUGUGAAGUCAAGUUUGAACUAUGAGGCUAGACAUCGCUACAGCUUCGAUCUCGUUGCAAAAGAUCCCGCCAAUUUAACAGCUAUCACAAGUAUUGCUAUUGAGGUUGAAGACGUUAACGAAGCCCAUUAUUUUGUGAAUUUUCUUUUAUCGAAGUCAGUGCUGGAGAAUACAGCUGUAGGCUCAGCAAUCCUCCAAGUCAACACAACAGAUCCAGAUAUUUAUUCAGAUUCUUACCAUGCGAUUCGGUAUUCGAUAACAGAAGUACUCCCACAUGGUCAAAAUGUGUUUCAAAUCGACACGACAACCGGUGUCUUGGUCUUAAGAGAACUCAUUGAUUUUGAGGCCAUCCAAACAUAUACGUUGACCAUUGAGGCUCGAGAUACGAGUGGUAUCAACGCCCUGUGGAUAACCAGAGACCUCACGAUUAUAGUAGAAAAUGUUGAGGAUACAACGAUUGAGACAUUUGCACUUGUAUCUGACAAUUCUAAUCAAUUAAAGACAACAGGUGGUGAAAAAUUUAUUCUUUUCGGCUUAAAUAUUGGGUUCAAACAACGAGCUGAUAAGUCUGUGAUCAUAAAGCAGCUCAUCGUGAAAUAUGGAGCUUAUGGAACAAGCUCGCCUUACGUUGCAGCAAACUGCUCUUUAGUUGAAGGGAACACCGGUGUUAAAUGUACGUCAGCUCCAGGAGCUGGAGGUCAUUUAUACUGGAACAUUACUCUGAUUAUGAGUGUUCCGAACCUUGGUGACACAACAUAUCAAGCGUCGUCCUCGAUUCCAUUAGCAUCUUAUAGGUCUCCUCUUAUCGAAUCGGUUGUAUGUAACGAUGCGCUUCCUACGAACAGCAGCACAGGUGAUAACAUAUUUGUUUAUGGUGAGAAUUUAGGGUCGACAGAAUUGUCAAGCUCAGAUGCGCAACCUAUCGUUAUGUAUGGCUCUGACUUUCUUGCGCACAAUUGUGCAUUGCUUGCUUCUGGUGAUUCAUUGAGUUCGCGUCAAAUCGUUGCCUGUCACAGUGUUAUGGGCACUGGCAAAAAUCUGUCUUUUACAAUUAUAGUGGGCGGUCAGGCAAGUGCGACUAUCGAUAGCAGUUGUCACUAUGCGGCUCCUAUCAUAUUUGCAGUCACAUUGUUAGAUGGAAUGCACACACCAGGCAAUGACAUCGUUAUAAUAAGUGGAAGUGGAUUUGGAUGUCAGGGCUGUGCAAACAUCACUGCUUUAUUCACAAACACCAUUCAUUCGUUCGCUAUAAUGGACUGCAAGAUCGUAUUGGAUCAUGUUCAGAUGCAAUGUUCGAUUCCACCCGGGGCAGGUAAGGAUUUUCGCUGGCAUGUUUCCGUUGAUAACCAGUUGAGUGCACUGGCGACCGACGUUUAUACCUCUUACGACAAACCUGAAGUCUGGGAAAUUAUGGGUUUUGCGGACGCUUCCACGACAGGAGGAACAAUUUUUCAGAUCCGUGGUCUCAAUUUUGGUCCUGAUGCGGCAAUAUAUAUGGAUCCAGUCGUCGAAUAUUCAUUCGACAAUGUGACUUUCUUUCGAGCUGUCAACUGCAAGCGACAAUACAUUGAUCCACAAAAUCAUAGUUUAAUUCAGUGUGUGUCUGUUGCAGGAAGCGGUUCGUUUCACUCAUGGCGCGUAUCUAUAGAGGGCCAAUCUUCAUCAUGGACGACGCAAAAUACGUCGUAUGCUCGGCCAAUCUUGAAUAAGGUCUUUCUUCCAGAUGGCAAGGAACAUAUCAGUACCAGUGGCGCCCAGCAAAUUGUCAUUACAGGCAAAAACUUUGGCGUUUUUAAUAAGUCUGUGAUUACCCAAGUGACGUAUGGUGUCAAUGGGAACGAAUUUAGUGCAAGCAAUUGUUCGAUUGUGACGGACCAUGAACGCAUUGUGUGCACGACUGCUCCUGGUGUGGGUAAACGGCUAGCGUGGAUUGUCGCAAUUGAUGGUUUGACAAGCUCGGUGACCACGAUAAGCUAUGCCAGACCUUUUAUUACUUCGCUUUCCGGGGAAGGAGUAGAAAAUGGCCUUGUUCGUGGCGGACAGAUCGUCGUGAUUCAAGGUGGUAAUUUCGGACCUAGUGAUGUGACUAUUGAUAUGAUUUCUUAUGGAAAUUCUGGUAGAGACUACCGUGUGACAAGUGUAAUCGAACAUAAUGACUCUACAAUCGUUUGUACGACUGUACCUGGUGUUGGUGCGAGUCUCUCUUGGAUUGUGUCAGUUGGAGAUCAGGAAUCGAGUUUAUCGACGGUAACGAGCUCAUAUGCCCAUCCGGUAGUAACUUCCUUUUAUCCUUCACUAGCCUCAACAGAUGGCUCAACUCAAGUCACCAUUAUUGGAGAGAAUUUGGGUACUAAUGUUACAUUUGCAGCAGCGCGAGUAAUAUUUUCGCCACCCCAAGCGAGUCUACCUGUGUAUCGCAUUCCGAUAAUUGCAUUCGGAGACUUUAGUAACAGUAAUACUAGUGAAUAUGUUGCCGUUCGUAUUCCAGCAGGCUAUGGUCAGGGUGGCUUGCUGCAGAUUUUGGUUGGUACUUCAAGUGUUCAGAAUAGUUCGGUUUUGACGGUAAGCUACAGGUCCCCGUUGAUCGACGCGGUGUACACUAAUGAAGGCCCAAGUGAUUGUUUGCCUUCGUGCAUACAUCUCACUAUCACAGGUACAAAUUUUUACUCCUCUGGUCGUGCAAUCGUGUCUAAGUACCCAAUUGAUAUAAGUAACCUGGAAGCUGCGACGUAUGAGUCCAACAUUACAGUUUCAUUGUGGUCUCAUGAUACUAUCAUCAUACCAAAUUAUACUGGUAAAUUGGGAUACGUAACGAUCGUGAUUGGCAGAGAAAAGAUUAUUAGCAAUUCGGCUCCAUUUCGUUGGAAUGAUCCAUCCAUUCUCGACUGGUAUACCUUGAGCUCGACGUGUAGUAUACUUGAUUGCUCGACUUGCUAUCGCUUAGAUGGAGAUACGAAACUUUUUCAAACAGAAUCAAUCGGCACUGCUGAACAUCUUAAGUAUUUAUCAUCGACAAAAGGCGGAGCUAAACUGAAUUUUUACGCUAAAUACGUUGGUCGGGAUCCACAUGUACAUAUCGGAGGCAACGUCUGUACCAACGUUGUAGUGUCUACACCCGUUGUACCAUCGAACAUUUUUCUUGCAAAAGAAGAUAAUGAAGUUGGCAGCAUCCGUUUGAUAUCGUGCACCGUUCCUAGCGGUCAGGGAGCCAUGUUGGCUUUUACACUAACGCGCGGUACAACAUCAAGCAGCCCACGGUACUUUGAUUACAUCCCACCUAAGGUUGACUGGAUUGGAAGCAAUGCAACCAUGUCCUCUACUGCUGGGAAAUUGGUAACUUUAACUGGAUCAAACUUUGGUUCUACACCAAAAGUGUUGAUGAUUGCCGCCCUAAAUGCGUCUGUCAUUUUCCUCAACAUCAUAGCAUUCAACCAUUCACAUGCCAUGGUAACAAUUCCCCCUGGAGAAGGUCAACAUUACACGUUGACUUUGGUCGCAGGUAAUCAAGAAGAAUCGACUUCUUUUCAAUACGAUCUUCCCGUUAUCAGUAGUAUUGAAGUAGCUGACGCGUCGACGGUCGGUGGAUCUGUGAUGACAAUUCGAGGUAAGAACUUCGGAGCAAGCACACUCUCGAAUGCACACACCGUCUCGCUCGGCGAAACGUUUGCAUGCAUCAUAAGUAGUGUCAGCCAUGAACUUAUUAAUUGCACGAUAAGUGAAGGCCAGGGUGGUGAUCAUGACGUCAUUGUGACUGUAAGUGGCCAAGCGAACAUCGAUAGAACGAUUAAGUUUAGCUACAAUGCUCCUGUUCUUCACAGCGUCAGUAGGAGUGAUGGCCCUACCUCAGGUUAUACGUGUAGCUGUACAGAUCCAGAUCAACCCUGCGCAACGCUGACGACGCCGGUCGAGUGCCAUUAUCUUGAAGCGAGUUCGACGAGCACCAACCUUGAUGUCUAUUGUGUUCAAAGCAAUUUAAAUGGAUCUUUUCGAAAGACCACCGUCACUGCGGUGGAAGAUGUAUAUUCAAGCAAUAAACCCGUCUAUGUGAGUAAUGAGGACGCAAAUUUGGAGCUUCUGUAUACCAAUGGGUUUUGGCAUCUGCUACAAAACGACACCAAAUUAUAUCGCGCCAGCACAACAUCGGAAAAACCACCCCCUACAGGUUGGCUCGACGUGACAGUAAAUCCACCUGUUGGUCUUGGUAUAAUGAAAAUAUACCCAGGCUUUUGCUCAAAGGCUUUAUCACGUGUUUGUCCGGCAGGUACGGAAUUGUGUACACGUGUAGCUGUCACGCUGGCGGGAAAGAACUUUGGAGUUCAGUCGCUUGAUUGGCAGCUUGAGCUAAUUAGCGACGCUAAGAUACUAGCUGACACAGUCAUAGUUACAAACGAUGAUAUUAUAUACUUUAGCCAUUCAAAUAUCAGGUUUUAUCUGCCACCCGGACAAGGCAGUUCAAUGCUGAUCAACUUGACUGUUUCGAAGCUGAAGCUUACUAACGAGCCGAUAAAAUUCGGCUAUCAGACACCGCUAUUAAUGGGAUUUGAGACAAGUACCAGUAAUUUGUCGACUUGCGGCGGCUAUACGAUGACACUUUACGGAAAAAACUUUGGAUCAACCCGAACAAAAGUGCUUCUUGGUGGUCGCGAUGCGCGCAUUGAUGGACAAAGCUCGCAUCCGAAGGCAUGUGGCCCUGACACGUGUGAAUUCUCGACAAGUGGUCCCUGUAUUGAUCUUGAUACGUUGGUAUGUUCUCCAUCUCUGUAUGUCGUCAAGCCUACAUUUAGCUUCCUCGAUCUUUGUGAUGACACAAAAGGAUCACAAAUACUAUGUGAUGCUGUCACUAAUGUGCCUGACUUGGCUGAGAACCUUGCAAGCCACUCUGACUUUGUGAUCACAACAACGGUCCCGGCUGGAUAUGGGAUCGACUUGAAGGUUUAUGUGGUUGUUGAUGAUCAAGCCAGCAACGCGUUAAUGUUCUCAUACAACCAACCAGUGGUUAUGGCCCAAAUGCCCAAUCAACCGGAUGCAAAUGGAGCGAAUGCUAUCACAAUCAAGGGCACUGAUUUCGGUUGUUUUCCUAAUAAGGCUAUAAUCAUUUCAUUUGUCUCAGUGGACACUGUGGAACCUGUAUUGCGAAAUCUAGGCACACUUACAGAAAAUUUGGAAAAUUUUCACGUAUAUGGUAAUGAUGUUCCACGAUUGUCGGCUGAUACAGUGACACCAGCAACCUCAGUAAAUAGUAGUGUAAUUGAAUCCGGUACGGUCGUGUGGACGAGUUCUUCGGAAUUAAUUUGGUAUCCCCCUAAGACGAAAGCUGGUACAACAAGCAUUACUUUGUCGGUGGGUGGAAAUGUAAUGUCUUCUGUAAGUCAGACUCAAUUAAAGUUUCGGUGUGGCUUUGGUUAUUACCGAACUCUGUCUGAAUUUUGUGAUGAAUGCCCAAAAGGAGCUACGUGUGUUGGUGGUGAUGAGAUGCCGAUGGCCAAACCCGGAUAUUGGCGUGAAGGUGAAAUUGUUCUCGCAUGUGACCCCAAAUUCGCCUGUUUAGGGGCCAAUGAGUGUGCCAACGGGUACACGAGCGUACGGUGUGGAGAGUGUGUAACAAACUAUCACAAGCUCAACUCAGAGUGCAAUCUGUGUCCGAAUAACCACUGGGGUUCCGUUGCCAUUGUGGUAAUUUGCAUCGGUGUAGCAUCUUUUGUUAGUUAUUUGCUUACUCGAAGAGGUGUGAGUCUUGGUUUGCUAUCAAUCGGUAUCGACUAUUUCCAGACUCUAUCCAUAUUUGGGAAUGCCCAAAUUUCAUGGCCAGCGACUUUAGUUAAUUUAUUUGCAACACUAUCAGCUUUUAAUUUAAAUUUGGAGCUGGUGGCACCAGAAUGCUUUUCGAUUCAGGUCUCGUAUGUGACCCAAUGGUUCAUGAUUGAGCUAUUUCCAUUAUUUAUGGGAGCAACUUCUCUAGGAAUAUUCGUAACACUUUAUGCUUACAAACGGUUCAUAAAAAAGCGUUGCACAAAAUUAACGUCCCACUUACCUCAGCUGUUUGGCUCUACGCUAGUGAUGAUGUAUUACUUAUAUCUUUACCUCACACGAACAACAUUGGAUGUAUUCAAUUGCGUAGAGGCUAUACCAUCUGAUGGAAAGUUGUACAUGGUUGCCAUCUACGCGCAAUGCUUCAAACAUGGGGGAGUUCAUAUGCAGCUAUUCCCAUUUGCAAUGAUGUCCUUUGUGAUGUAUUCGCUGGGCUAUCCACUCUUUGUGCUACUAACAUUGUCGCGAAACCGUGGUUUAGUGAUGGAAGACCAGCUUCUGAGGGCGAUGCAGCGUGGCACCAGUCGAAAGACAAAUCCUAAUUGCUGGGUGUUUCGCAAGAAGUUUUCUAAGCUUUAUUAUCAAUUCAAGCCCGAUUAUUGGUUCUGGAUGGUACUUAUUAUCGUAAGAAAGUUUUUGUUGGCGGGUAUCGGACUUCUUUUUCGUCAAGAUCCAAUAUUUCAACUGGCUACGGCAUCGUUCGUAUUGUUUGUUAAUUAUGCGCUACAAGUACGUUGUCGUCCAUACAUGAGUGCUUAUGAGACCCAGAGGGUACUGGCAGACUAUGCGAAACAUGUGCUGCUAGAAACGCGUCGUGCAAAGGCCAGAAAAGAAAGUUUUGUUCAACCAGCACAUCUACGGUUGGAGAUGCACGCCUCUACAAUCACGGCUUGGAAGAGCAGACACAGAGAUAACGGCGUCGCUGGAAUUUCGGCUCGACCAAUGUCAAGUUUGCGGGGUGCAAACGAAGCAAUUCUUGCUUCACAGGAACCUCAAAAUUUGAUUGGAUAUCUUUGGGAUCACAAUACUGUGGAGGCUUGUCUACUUUUUAGUGCCUCCCUCGUAUUGUUGGCGGGCAUCAUGUUCGAAAGUGGUCGCUUCGGAACCACCGAGACCAGCUCAAAAAGUGCUUCUUCUCAAUUGUUGGCAAUGGCGACCACACUUCUCGUUCUUUUUAGCUGCGUGUACUUUGUCCUAGUUUUGAUAACGGAGCUUGUUGUUGCACUUCGACCGGACUACUACAAACAAAUCACACGCGUCCAAAAGUUGUUUAGUAAAAUACACCGCCGUCACAGAGAUGGCUAUGAUACGCAACAUGGAAAUGAUCACAAAAAUGUUGAAGGUAAUGAUAGCGAUGAUAAUGACGAUGAUGACCUUGAGAUGGUAGCGACUAUGACUCAAAACCCGCUGCACUUAGCUGGUACGUGUGAAGGUGCAAUGCAAACGACUGAGAGUGAUGCUUUUGCUGCUCUGAAAACUUUUCAACGUUGCGAAUCCCGUCGAACAGUAACUAGCACGCAAUGUGUGAGUGAUGACAAAGUUUCGCAUGUAGUAGAAAAUACUUUGCGCAGGAGAAACUCUCAAUGUCAGCAAGGCACUUCCUUAUCUGAUGGAGCAGCAUUGUUGAGCGAAGAUAACAUGGAAGAGCUAAUUUCGACAAUCGAGCAGACCGAUGGUGUACGGCAUUCAGUAAACAAUUAG